CCAUGCACAGCAAGGGACAAAGAUUGUAGAAAAGACCUGGAGGAGGAGGACUUCAAUUCUAUCAAAACAAAGAAACCUUACCAUAGAACUUAUGAUUCUUGUUUCUUAGUAUGUUACAGCAAAAUUAGCAAAAAAUAAUCCCACACAUCCUAAAAAAAAAAAAAAUCCAACAAUGGCACUCCUAUCAUUACCUUCGCCUUCUUUUUCUCCUUAUUGCGUUUCCAUUUCAUUCUCUUCCUGGCGCCAAUCCUCUGUGGCCGUUACCACCGCUCACCCUAUCCGUUUCCUACCAGUCGCAGCUGCUAUUACCACCCACCACCACCAACAGUCCAUUCCAAUUGACAAGUCUUCGCUCAUUGUUGCUGAAACGGCGUCGGAGGACCAGCUCUGGGCAGCUGCUUGUCUCCGUGUUCGCUCUUUCUAUGACUUCCAGGCCUCCUCCUAUGGCAUCCAAGAUCAUAAAAUGUACUUGGCAGAACGUGAAUUUGAAGCACUAAAGGAGAGAAUUGCUGGGAAGAGGGAGGGCUUCAAGAAAGUGUCUUGCAUAAAUGCUACGCUUCCAUUGUCACAGUUGUCAAACUCUGCAGAUGAAUUAUGUGCUGCAUGUAAGUUUACUGACAAUGGGGAGGAUAGACUAGUAGUUGGAACCCUUGAUCUUAACCAAUGUCUUUGGCUUCCAGAAGAAAUAGCUGGAACAAAACCAGAGGGGAUUGAAGCUGAUUUUGCAAGAGCAUACUUGAGCAAUGUUUGUGUUGCAAGGGAACUGCACAGAAAUGGCUUAGGUUAUGAAAUUGUCAUGAAGUCAAAGAUAGUUGCUCAAGAAUGGGGCAUAACUGAUCUAUAUGUCCAUGUUGCUGUUGACAAUGAGCCUGCAAAGAAUUUAUACAUGAAAAGUGGUUUCGUUCAUGAAAAUGAUGAGCCUGCAUGGCAAGCUAGAUUUUUAGAUCGGCCCCGACGGAUUUUGUUAUGGAUUGGUCUUCCUUGCACUAAUGAUUUGUAACGUUAUGGCUUUUCCUUUUGCUUUUGGUACUUUAUUAUAAGUCUUGAUUCUGAUACAUGUUUAUACAAUUUGGAAAACUCGCCCAUUUGAAAACGUAAUGUAAGCGUCUUGUAUAUCACCAGGUAGAAAGUUUUAUCCAGAAAAAUAAAAUCUCACAAGAGGAUAUCCCAUUCAUUAUAACUUGAGACUAUCCCUUUGAAGGUUCAAGUUUAAACGUUGAGAAAGAGGUGGAUUUUAUGAAAGAAGAGAACAACUAUUGGUUGUGUA